GCCUAACUGUUUGAUCCGGCCCAAUCAGAAAAUUACAUGCCCAUUAUCUGGAAUAACCUAACCGAUCUCUCCAGUGUACCAAUUCAUCCGAUCUACCAUCCCUCCACCGCUAUCUCUCAGCCAGACGGUCGUACGCUAUAUUGUUCUCUCCGUUUCCAGUUCCGCUUCCCUUAGUUCGGGCGCAGUCUGUACCACGUUGUUCGUCUAAUAUCCCGAGGGCCAUGUUGGGGAGCGGGGGGGUUAGAGACGGGUACGACAUCGGCUCAAAGAGACCAAGAAUGACAGAAUCAAAUCCCUACUUUGCAGUGAACACUGGUCCAAAUGGUUACCCGUUCGGCCGUGGAUAUCCAUCUGCAUCAGCGUUCCCUGUGGUCCGUCUCAGGGGUCUCCCUUUUGACUGUUCAGAAUCUGACAUCCGUCUCUUUUUUGCUGGUCUGGAUAUAAUUGAUGCGUUCAUGGUCAACAAGAAUGGUCGGUUCUCUGGUGAGGCAUUCGUACUCUUUGCCGGAAACAUGCAUGCUGAGAAUGCCCUCCUGAGAGACCGUCAGAACAUAGGGAGAAGGUAUGUGGAGGUUUUCAGGUGCAAGAAGCAGGACUACUAUCAGGCUAUUGCUGCUGAGAUGAGAGAGUCACAGGGUUUCGAACACGACCACCAUCACCAUAGUUCUCCACCACCACAGGCCCAUAGACCACCUAAACGGACACAGAACAAGGAUCACUUGGAGUACACUGAAACGUUGAAACUCCGUGGACUUCCCUUUUCUGUCAAUAAAUCAGAUAUUAUCAAGUUUUUUGGUGGGGAUUACAAUCUGACUGAUGAAAAAGUAUGUAUUGGGUAUCGAUCUGAUGGGAAGGCUACCGGGGAGGCUUAUGUGGAAUUUUCGUCACCAGAGGAGGCAAAGAGCGCUAUGUGUAAGGAUAAUAUGAUGAUCGGGUCAAGGUACAUUGAGCUAUUUCCUUCAACUCAGGAUGAAGCAAAGAGGGCUGAUUAUAGGUCAAGAAAGUGAUAUAAUUCUCCGAGUAAAGAACAUAGAAUCCUUUUUAAAAAUCUUAACAACAUUUAAUGCAGUCUUUUUCUCCUUGUUUUGGAGACUACCAUCUUGCAUUUGCUGCAAGUUUAUCAUUCCCGUGUCUAAUUAUUAUAAUGCAGUAAUAUUCAGUUAUUAUUGUAUUUUCUUUUUUAUGAAAAGCAGAGUACUUGCAGAAAGUCAUUGGACUCGAGGAUAUAUGUACUAUAUAGUCGUGGUAAAUUUUGCUGUGGGCCGGUGGCUGUGUUUAAGUUUUCCAGUUUAGGUUCCGUUUACUGGAAGUCUGGCAUAGUGUACUAUGAUUUGAUGUUUAAAUGGUGAUUAGUGGAAUGAUGAAGUGUUUUUUCAUU